AUGUCUUCUACAAGUACAGACAAGCCUCGACCCGCAGCUAAGCGCAGAUCGGCCCCCAAGUCACGAAACGGUUGCUUGACAUCAACAGGAACAGGAACAGGAAUAGGAACAAGAACGACAGAUCAGCUCUGUCAGAUUCGGCCUUCCGAGACGCUACGAUUCAUUGACCCGCGUGAAGCCUUCUAUUUCAAGGUCUACCAAGAUGAGGUGUGCUUGGAACUUUCGAGGUACUCGAGACAAUCUGCAUGGAGCUACACCCUACUCCAAGCAUGUCAUCACGAGCCCUUCGUGCUUCGAGCCGUGGUGGCAAUCGGAGCUCUCAACAGGGCUGUCAAGCAAGUACAUUUCGCAACCCGCGGCUCCAAGGAUACGCGAAAGCCGAACUUGGAAUUGGCAGCCGCCCAUCGAACCUUUGCUCUGGUCUCCUACAACCGAGCCAUACAAGGGAUGCAGCGGAUCGUACCGAUUCCACAAAAUCCAUCGUCGCUGAGGAACGCGCUGAUUUCCUGUCUUCUAAUCUACUGUAUCGAGCUUUUCCUGAAGGCCCCGUCGACUGCGUUAGCCCAGGGUCAAAAUGGCUACACGCUUCUGCAGCAGUGGUUAAGGAGUAGAGAAGGGCCAAGUCCUGGUCUCUUGUCCCCCAACAGCAAUAUCGUCGACGAUGAAAUAUUCCAAGAAUUUGGACGGAUGGAGCUGUAUCAUGCCCAGCGAUGGGGCCCUAAGGAUCUUGUACGACACGAGAAAAGGAGGCAGGAAGCAACAUCCACUGUCAGAAAGAUGCCAAUUGCAUUUACGACUCUUGGGGAAGCCACGCUCUUCCAGGAACUAUUAAUGCGGCGCACUUUCCACUUGAUCGACGAAAGUUACGCCCGCAAUAUGGCUUUGAAGCAGGACCUUCGGCACCCUUACUGUGCAGAUAACCCUGGGGAGGUGAUCGAUCCGUGUGACAUACCCGAGAACCUCCUGGAAGUCCGGGACUUGUACCUUGUCGACAUUCACCGGUGGCUGAAGGCUUUCGAACCGGUCCUAGCCCAAAGCAAGAGACCAUCCGAUCCGAUCACGCAGCUGGAAGUUGCCCUUCUGCAAGCGCAGGCCUUGGACGCCGAGAUUUGCCUCGCAGGAGCCUUCUUCACCAGAGAAUGUGACUUUGACCAGUUUCUCCCCUCGUUUGCCGCGAUCGUCUCGCUGGCCCGUCAGGUUAUUCGAAUCCGGGCCCAGCUCUGGACUCCAGAUCUGCCCGUCUUCAACUUUCCCGACAGCAUCGAGAAACCACUGUCUGGCGUGGUUGCAUACUGCCGGGACCAGACCAUCAGGCAUGAAGCGCUCUCCAUGCUCCGCUCAACCGCCCAUCGAGACCCCAGCCACACCAUCGCUCGAACGACCACACGCUUGUCUUUCCUCGUCGAGCUCGAAGAGCGAGGUCGAUUGCCCGACGGCACGAUACCCGAAGCUGCGCGCUGGAGGAUCGGCUGGGUGCUGCACCACUACCUCGAGACCCCCAACGACAUGACCAUCCUGUACUGCCGGCGGCUGCGCUACCCGAUGGGCAGAGCGUAUCCCGCACAGCGGGAGUGGCUGCGGAGAAAGUUCACGCAGGAAGAAGCCGAGACGAUGGAGUAUGCUCCUUGGGACGAGAGCAUGCACUACGCGGGGGCCUGGGCCCCGAGGAGGAAUCACGCUAAACCUGGAUGUAUGGCGUGGCGAGAGGUGCACGCGGAAUUGCUAGGGAGAAGUGAGCGGGCGAGAAUUGACUGA